AUAUUUCUCCAACUCUGUUAUCAAAAGUGAACGUCAAAAAACAGCUUUUCGUUGACAAAGCAAAGAGUAAAUAAAAAAUACAAUUGUUGCUAAAAAAAACUGAUAUUUUGUUGUUUGGUUUGUUUAAUAUAGAUAAGGAUAUUUAAAUGCAAAUAACAAGUGUUAAUUAUUGCUGCAUUUCGGAAGUAUAUUAUCAAUAAUAUUACUUCUUAAACUUUGCAUCAUAUUUAAACAAUCAACAAGUGCAAUUAAAGUAAAAAAUAUUUUUUAGUACAUUCAGCUUAGUUUGUAGUAAAAAAAUUAAUAAAAAAUUAAUUAGAACAUAUUGUGAAAAACUCUUAAGGAUAAAUAAAGUUUAUCUAUUAAUUUUAAUCCCACCCACUAGUCGGUGGCUGUUGUACAAGGUUACAAACUGCGACAACAUGGAAAAGUGCCACCAAAGUGUUAAAAAUCAAAUACAGGCUCAUAAUUAACUGCAGUCAGUCCAUUAUAAGUGUUAGGAAAUAGAAGGUGAAAAGAAGAAAGAACGAGGAAGAAGAUUAUAAAGAGUAUAUGUACGAGUUAUAUAUAGAGAUAGGUAUAAAAAACAUUUUACGUCCAUCACCAGGCACAGCAAUUCAAUUCAAUUGUUUACAGUUGGUUGCUUGCCCCUUUAUAGAGGGACAUUCUAAACGCUAUUUUUUGAACUUUCUAUGCUGACAAUCAAUGUAGAAGCAAAGCAUAUAAAAUGGAAUUUGUCGAACUGAUUAAAACACCUAAAUUGGAUGGAGUUUUUCUACAUGACCAUCAAAAUUCAACAGUCGAAGGCCGUUUAUGCAUCACUGGCCAUCACUUGCUAUUGAGUGCUCGGCAGGAGAAUAGCCAGGAAUUAUGGUUGAUGCAUAAAAAUAUUGACAGUGUGGAAAAGAAGCCCUUUAUGUUGCAGAAUGCGGUUGUCGGUGGCCUUAUAACUCUAAAGUGCAAGGAUUUACGUAUAAUUUCUUUAAAAAUUAAAAGUGCCAAAGAAUACUUCAACGUGGCGGCAUCUUUGGAGGCUCUCAGUACUUUAAAUAAUCCCGAAUUAGAGUAUCCAUUUUUUUAUCGGCCUAUGUACACAAUCCUGGAGGAUGGCUACACAAUAUUUAGGCCAGAGCUAGAGUUUUCAAAACUCAUUUCCGCUAGUGCCUGCAACAAUGUGUGUAGUGUUAGUACAAGUAGUGGUAAUAGCAAUACUUUGACAUUUAACAAUGCAAGUCCUCUUUCCUCAACAUUUCACUUCUCAAAUGGUCAUGACGUAGCAGGCACUAUUAGCACAGAGACAACAAUGGGUUGCGAAUGGCGCAUUACACACAUUAAUAAAGAUUUUAAAUUAUGCCCAACCUAUGGUUCAGUUCUUAUAGUACCAAAAAUAAUAACUGAUGAACAAAUUGUACAAUCUGCAGCAUUUAGAGACGGUGGACGGUUUCCUGUUCUUAGCUACCGUCACGAAAAUGGCGCAGCUCUUUUGCGCAGUGCUCAGCCUUUGUCAAUUCAGGGCAUUAAACGAUGUCGGGCAGAUGAAGCUAUACUAAAUGUUGUCCUAGGUCGUAGUAAAAAAGGCUUUAUAGUUGAUACUUGGGGUAAGGGAAAAUCAAAUACAGAAACAGAUCAGCAUUAUUCACAAUGGAAAAAAGUCAAUCGCUCGAUUGGAAAUGUUUCUUCACCAGCUGCCAUUUUAGAUAGUUUUUCAAAACUUAUUGAAGCUUGUAAUGAUAUAACAUGUUCACCGGAUAAGUGGCUUUCUCGCUUGGAAAGUAGCAAUUGGCUAAGCUUAGUUUUGAAUUCAUUAAAUGCCGCAUGUGUAGUUGCUCAGUGUCUGGAUCAGGAGGGUAGUCCUGUAUUGGUACAUGGUGCUAAAGGUUUGGAUUCUACAUUAAUUGUGACAUCAUUAGUACAAGUAAUACUUAAUCCCGAUUGUCGCACCGUAAGAGGAAUUCAAGCCUUAAUCGAACGAGAAUGGAUACAAGCCGGACACCCAUUCGCUUCGCGUCAUCGUCAUUCAUGCUACACACCUUCACAAAAUCGUCAAAAAAGCUCGGGUGCUACAUUUGUGCUUUUUUUAGAUUGCAUUCAUCAAUUAUAUAGACAAUUUCCAUGCAGUUUCGAAUUUAGUACGCAGCUGCUGAUAUUACUUUUCGAACACAGCUACUUCUCACAAUACGGCACAUUUCUUUGCGAUUCGGAAAGGGAGCGACACGAUUUACGUGUUCAUACUCGCACCACUAGUUUAUGGUCGUAUCUAAACCGACCUGAAGUUUUGAAAAACUUUCUUAAUCCUCUAUACGAACCAAAUCCCAGUGUUAUAUGGCCGUCAGUGGCACCAAUCAGUCUGGAACUGUGGACUGAAUUAUAUCUACGUUGGAUUGUUGAUCAAAAGAAUAACGAAAACUCCAACAUUCAAAUACAAGAACUUGUAACAAAUGAAAAGGAAUUACGAACUAAGGCACUAAAAUUACGGAAGCAAGCCACCGAUUUGGCAAAUGAAGUUAUUACUAUAAUAAAAUCAAUUAAUUGAAUUAUAUUUCCAAAUUCAACAUGUCUGUCGAUUAAAGCUUUCUAAUUAAGUCACAACAUUCUGAUUCAUAAUAGGGAAUAUGCAAUGUCUCACAGGGAGAAAGAAAAAUUAAAUUUUUCUCUUUGCAUUUCUGUAAGUUUAAAAA